AUGGUGACUCCGAACAAUAUACCGCCGGAAAACAUCGCCGCCGGCGAAGAACAAUCGCAACAGCACACCAUGGAGCAAAAGGGUCUUUCCGACCACAAUAAGUCGGAGUACGAGCUCACGAGAGAAGAAAGGAUAAAGGAAAAUCGAGAGAGAAUGCAGAAGCUAGGGCUUGUCGACCUUUCCCUUAAACUCAAUGCUCUCAAGACCCCUCCGAAGCGAGCUUAUCAGAGAAAAAAUCCAGCGGCUCAGUCUCCUUUGCCUCCUUCUGGCCCCAUCCGGCGCUCGUCCAGGCUACAUAACUCAACUCCUGUUAGCUACUGUGAAGUGCGUGUGACGGAGAAAGAAAAGCCCUUACAUAGCAAGGACUUUCUGAGAGAAGAAGGCUCGAAACCUGAACUUUACACUGAAGAACACGAAAAAUUGCUCGGAACCUGUGAAAAGAGUUGGACUCUUUUUGUCGAUGGAUAUGGGAAAGAUGGGAAGCGAAUUUAUGAUCCGGUUAAGGGGAAAACGUGCCAUCAAUGCAGGCAAAAAACUCUAGGUCACCGUACGAACUGCAGCAAAUGCAGCAUGGUUCAAGGGCAGUUCUGUGGCGAUUGCUUAUACAUGAGAUAUGGGGAGAAUGUGCUCGAAGCCAAUGAAAAUCCAAACUGGGUUUGUCCAGUUUGCCGUGGGAUUUGCAACUGCAGUUUGUGCCGGCAGGCAAAAGGGUGGGCCCCAACCGGGAUUCUUUACCGAAAGAUUUCAAGCGUUGGUUACAAAUCCGUGGCGCAUUAUCUCAUCCAAACGCGUCGUUCGGACACUGCUUCAGACAAAAAUGCAGUCGUCACAUCAGCAAAGAGGUCUCUUCCCUUUUCAGAGAUUGAGGAAACUAAAGUCGAAAAUGACCUUAACACAAAGGUUGACUUUUUGGUCACUCGUGAGCCAGAGGAGACUGGCACAGAGAUGAAAAUUACCGUAGAGCCCUUGAAUGAUCAUCAGCCUUUGCUAACCGAGCCCAACGAAUGCCUUAAAGAUAAAGUACCUAAAUCUCUUGAGAAAAAAUGCAAGGAUAUUGAAAUCGAGGAUGAUCUUUCUGAACGCGAAAAAAGUGCACAAAGUGGAGAUAAAUCCUAUAAGCUUGCUGAUGUGGACAGUAUUGCCAGUCGACUGAAAAUGCGAAGAAGGGCUUAA